AGUUGUGGAAGAUACAUGAGUUUUAUUUAAUUCUAAAAAUGUAUACUAAAAGUUUUGUAUUGAAAGUACUUUUGUUAAUUAUUUUUUUCGUGUUUGUUACAUAUAAUUUGUAUCACACAUUUGUAGAACAACAAUACCAAAAAAAAUUUGAAAAUUUUAUGAAUAAGUAUAAUAAAAGUUACACUAAUGAAACGGAGCGAAAUAUGAGAUUCAAAAGGUUUCAGAAAUCACUGUCUAUCAUUGAACAAUUAAAUAAAGACCACAGUGAUUUUACUUAUUAUGGUAUAACAAAAUUCUCUGAUUUAUCUCCAGAAGAAUUUGUAUCAAGACACUUAUCAAUAAAAGGAAAAAAGAAAAAAGAAUUGCGUGAUACAAAAUUUAAACGGUCAAUAACUGCAGUUACACUUGAAACUAUUGAUUGGCGAAAUGAAGGAGUAGUUAACUCUGUUCGUAAUCAAAAGACAUGUGGCGCAUGCUGGGCAAUUAGUGUUGUCGAAAUAAUUGAAUCUGUUUAUGCUAUAAAAACGGGAUCACUAAAGACAUUAAGUGUUCAAGAAGCUCUAGACUGUUCAGAUGGUAUUAAUCAAGGUUGUUUGGGUGGAAGUCCUGCAAUUCUCCUUCAGUGGCUUGUUAAAAAUAAUAUUACUUUACAAACAGAGGAGCGCUAUCCUACUAUUUAUGAAAACCAAAUUUGUAAAAUUAACAAAUCGAUAAAUGAAAGCGAUGGAAUUAGAGUAGUUUCAUUUAUAUCACUGAAUUUAUUUAACCGUGAAGAUUUAUUAUUGUCGUAUAUCAUGAAAAGUCCUGUUGCCGUAGCCGUAAAUGCUAUACCAUGGCAGUAUUAUGUUGGUGGAAUAGUUCGUCACUGUGAAAAUAAUUUAAGCUCACUUAAUCAUGCUGUGGAAAUUGUUGGAUACGUAUUAGGAGAAAACCCUUACUAUAUAAUAAAAAAUUCUUGGGGCACUGAUCACGGCAUUGAUGGAUAUAUUUAUGUAGGGAUUGGCGAUAAUGAAUGUGGUAUUGGAUGGGAAGUUGACGUUGUAUUGAACGUAGUAUAAUUUUACGUUACAUUGAUUUUGUUAUAAUAAAAUUAAAUAUUUCCCAAAUACAUUGUUUGUCAAUAUAAUUAUUACAAUUUAGAUAAAUCUAAAUUCCUAUUGCUAUUAAAAAUAAUUUCACUUGAAUGGAAACAAUUAUAUAUUGUACAAAUACUUAUACAAUAAUAUGACU